AGUUAUAUAGCACAUCAGAGUUUUCAGACUAAUAAGUGUGAUUUUUACGGCACGAAAAAGUACACACAAAAAACAAUAUUAGAACCAGAUAAACCCAACCAAGUGCAUGGAAAAGCUCAACGAAAUAAUCUACCAGACAUAUUUCGCAGAAUUCAAAUCACUCUCAAACCACGGUGGAAAACCAGACAUAUACCCAGACAGAGGCAGAAGAGAAUAUAAUCCGUUUCCUACCUAGUUGCAGUUACAAAGGACCCCAAAAGGACCAUCUUGCAUGCUCAAGAACGACAAUGAGCACUGGAAUUAUACAGGAUCAGCUCAAGAUUAAACACGACUACAAUUUUAUAUAGACAUAAAAGAGAAAAAAAGAUUAUGGAUUGGUUACUAACGGCGCCACAGUUGCACAGCGCAUUCGCUUCGCUGGGUUCCCUGGAGGGUGACACCUACGUUGUCAGUCCGAAUGCAUUGUCCAUUCUAGAGGAGAUCAACCACAAGCUCACGUAUGAGGACCAAACGCUGCGCACCUUUCGCCGGGCCAUCUGCUUUGGCCAGAAUGUACGAUCCGAUUUGAUACCAUUGCUGGAGAAUGCCAAGGAUGAUGCGGUACUGGAGUCGGUUAUCCGGAUACUGGUUAAUCUCACAGUGCCGGUGGAGUGUCUGUUCUCCGUGGAUGUGAUGUACCGCACCGAUGUGGGUCGUCACACCAUCUUCGAGCUGAACAAGCUGCUGUACACCAGCAAGGAGGCAUUCACCGAGGCGAAGAGCACCAAGAGCGUGGUGGAGUACAUGAAGCACAUCCUGGAGUCUGAUCCCAAGCUGUCGCCACAGAAGUGUGACCAGAUCAACAACUGUCUGCUGCUGCUGCGCAACAUCCUUCACAUACCGGAAACGCACGGGAUUUGUGUGAUGCCGAUGAUGCAGUCCAACAAUCUGCAUGGCAUCACCAUGCAGAACACCAUUCUCUGGAAUCUGUUCAUCCAGAGCAUCGACAAGCUGCUCAUCUACCUGAUGACCUGUCCGCAGCGCUCCUUCUGGGGCGUCACCAUGGUGCAAUUGAUCGCGCUGAUCUACAAGGACCAGCACGUGAGCACUCUGCAGAAGCUGCUAGAUCUCUGGUUCGAGGCAUCGCUUUCGGAGAGCUCCGAGGACAAUGAGAGCAACACGACACCCCCGAAGCAGGGCAGCGGCGAGUCCAGUCCCAUGCUGACCUCGGAUCCCACUGGAUCGGAUUCCUCGGACAAUGGCAGCCAGGGACGCGGUAUGAGCAUCAGCAUGAGCCUGAACAUGAGCAUGAGCAUGAGCAUGAACGUCAGCAUGAGCAGUCUCUGUGGCAAGAAGGAGACCCCCGAAGAGCGGCAGCUGGCCUUAUGGGAGGGCACCGAAGCCACUCUCCAGGAGGUGAGCCGCAAGGGUCAGGAGUAUCAGGAUGCUAUCGAUGCCAAAGAGCGCAUGGGAUCUGCUGGGAUGGACGAUGAUGAGGAUUAUGAGGACUCCGAUUUUAUACAUCUGCAGCUCCACCAAGCCAUGCAGGCCGAGGAGGAGGACGAGGAGUGUGACAACGAGGUGGCGGCCGCGUCCUCGGAACCCUUGAAUCUUAAAACACAACCAGCUGACAAUGUCAACGACACUACCACAACCACGAGCCUAUCGAGCAGUAUCAUGCCGUUCAGGUCACCCCUGCCCGUCGGCAGUCGGCCAUCUUACUCGCAUGCCCCGCCGCAGCACCAGAGCUAUGCGGCCUAUGUGGCAGCCAUCAAACUGAGCCAGAAGUCCCCACAUGCCGGCAAACUGCAGCUGACGAAAGGCAAAUGCUGUCCCCAGAAACGAGAGUGUUCAUCGACGCAGUCGGAGCUCUCGGACUGCGGCUAUGCCACGCAGGUGGAGAACCAGGAGUCAGUAUCCACCUCCAGCAACGAUGAUGACAUGCCGCAGGGCAAGCCGUUGCACCAGAAGCCGCCAUGCAACACAAAGCUCAGGAAUAAGCAGCGUCCAAUUCUGCCGCCCCUGGACAAGAAGGAGCUGCGGCGCAAGAAGCUAGUGAAGCGCAGUAAGAGUAGUCUCAUCAACAUGAAGGGCCUCGUGCAGCAUAUACCCACGGACGAUGAUAUUGCCAAUCUACUCAAGGAGUUCACCGUCGACUUUCUCCUCAAGGGCUACAAUUAUUUGGUGGAAGACCUGCAUGCCCAGUUGCUCACAAAUACACUACCCAUUGACACGUCGCACUUUUUCUGGCUGGUCACGUACUUCCUGAAGUUUGCAGCACAACUGGAGCUGGACAUGGAGCACAUUGACACGAUACUCACCUACGAUGUCCUCAGUUACCUCACCUACGAGGGUGUCAUGCAGUGCGAGCAAUUGGAGCAGUGUGCAAGGCAACGGGACAGUGACCUGAAGCCCCAUCUCCGACGCAUGCAUCUCCUGGUGACGGCCAUCAGGGAGUUCCUUCAGGCCAUCGAGGCAUACAAUAAGGUUUCGCACCUCUCGGACGAUGAUCGCGAUCAUCUGCGGCAAUUGCACAUACAAAUAGCGGACACGUCCGAUCUGCAUUGUCUGUUUGUGCUGCUGCUGCGACGCUUCAACCCCACCAUCUAUUCGAAGCAGUAUCUGCAGGAUCUGAUCGUGACCAAUCACAUACUCCUACUCAUUCUGGACAAUCGACCACAGCUGGAUGGCAAAAAGACCGAAAAUCUAACACAGCACGUUGCACAAUUCGCCACUUUGGAGGUAAUGCAUUACUAUGGCAUCCUACUGGAGGACUUUACCAGCAAUGGAGAGUUUGUCAACGAUUGCAUCUUCACCAUGAUGCAUCAUGUAGGUGGAGAUCUGGAACAGAUUGGUGUCUUAUUUCAACCGAUCAUUCUGAAGACAUAUUCACGCAUUUGGGAGAUGGAAUUCACUUUGUGUGAUGACUGGUCUGAUCUUAUCGAAUAUGUCAUCAACAAGUUUAUGAACACACCACCCAAAACACCCAUGACUAUACCCACAACAUCGCUGACAGCCAUGACCAAAGAGCAUAAUCUGGAGCAUGCCAAAUGCUCUUGGAAUGCCGAUGAGAUGGAUACACUAUACUGGUAUUUUGUACAGAGCAGGAGCACCAACGAUGUGGUCGGCAAAAUUGUCCGACUCUUUAGCAACAAUGGCAAUAAAGAGAAAUCUCGCAUUUCAAUCAUCCAGCAGCUGCUGCAACAGGAUAUCAUUACCCUUCUGGAGUACGAUGACCUGAUGAGGUACGAGGAUGCUGAAUAUCAGAGAACGCUGUUGAACACCCCUACAUCGGUGACCACCGAAUCGGGAAUUGAGAUGAAGGAUGGUGGCUUUGGCAGGCCAUCAGGUGAUAUACAGAUUCUUCUGGAUCUAAUCAUCAAAGAUCAAAAGGGCCAGCACUUGGAAUGGGUGCAAAAGGUGCUCUUAGAAUGCUGUUACAUCAAAUUGAACCUCAAGUCAGGCAGACAGAUGCCGCACAUUAUGGAACCAGUGGCCUAUCACUACAUCCUCCUGCACAAGUCUAUCCCGGUGGUGCAGUGGAACAACGAGCAGUCGGCCGCGAUGAUGUAUCAGCCAUUCGUUCUGCUCCUGCAUAAGCUGGGCAUCCAGCUGCCAGUAGAUGCGGGCUCGAUCUUUGCUCGGAUACCAGACUACUGGUCCCCGGCGCAGAUGUACGGAAUGGCCAAGAAGCUGGGACCCGUGAAUAAACAAGCCCUCAAGUUCGAUGCCACCGAAUUGGAAGAAGCAGCCGCAGCCGCUGCGGCCAGUGCGGCGGCCAGUGCUGCAUCCAUGCGAUCCCAUCACAACAGAGGACCCCGCAAUUCCCUCAGCUCGCAGAGCAGCCUGGAGGUAGAUAUGGGCGAUACAGACGGUGAAUUACCCCUCAUUCCCGAAGUGGAUGCAGCUGUAGAGAAGGCCCAUGCCAUGGACUGCAGCUCUAGCUCGAACAAUGAGUUCUUUGCUGUGCCCAAGGUCAAGACAGCCAAUACAAUGAUGAGAUAUACACCCGAUACGACGCCCCCAGUUCCCAAUUGGCUGCAGUUGGUCAUGCGAAGCAAACGGAAUCCACGCCCGGCUCCCAUUGGAGAGAUCAAUGAUUGUAUUUCGAGUACAGCAAUCGUAAAAGGCGAUGACGAGUGCAAAAGUAGCAGGUCCCUGUGUUCGACUAUGUAUCAGACAGGACAGACGAUGGCAAUGACGCCAAUGCCACCCAUGAAUGCCAUUCAUCCGUUGAAUACCAUGAGCAUUAUGCCGCGAUUGCACAGCAUCAUGGGGCCGCAUAACGAGAACAGCAGCAGCUCUGGCUGCGGCGGUACUGUGUACUCCCAGGCAAUGGGCGUACUGAUGACCACCUCUGCGGUGGGGGCCAUAAUGCGUGGCGAUGUGGAGGAGGAUGCGGCAAUAAAGUCAUCGUUCGAGAAACUGGAGGUCAAGGGCACGCAUUUUGCCCGGGCCAGCCAUUUGGAGGAGGAAUAUAGCGCCAUGGUGGCGGAUGCCUUCAAGAACGAGAUCUUCAACGACAAUGGUUCGGUGGCUUCCGAUCUGACGCGAAUGUAUGUGAGCGAUGAGGAUGAGAAACACGAGUUCCGUGUGUACCCCGCACAUACUAUCAUUGAAAGCGAGAGCAAAAUCUCGUGGAAAGGAGAGAAAAAAGGAAGGAAGGGGAAGGGACAGUAGAGAAGAGAAUUGAGUGUGUAAUGAACUGUACCUAAAAAACAAACAAAAAAAUAAUUGUAUAACACAACAUACUCGUUACAGAAGAUAUUUACAGACAGUAAGCAAGAAGUUUGUCGAAACAACUCAAAAAACAAAAAAA